UUCUUGCCUUUUAGAAAACGGGGUACCCCCCCGCCCCUCCCUGCGCUCCGACCAAUCCCGACCCAGGGCACGGGUGCGGCCGGCCAAUGGGGAGAGAGGUCCUGGUAUAAGAAGCACAGCCUGGCACCUGGCGGAGUUGGGCUACCCCUACAGUUGAUUACAGGAUUUGAUCCCGGGAUCUGUUGUUUCUUUCUCUUGAGCAGACAGAACUAAAGCUACAGCCAUGGCAAAGAACUGCCACAAUGACUACAAGAUGAAGUUCUCCGGGGACGAGGAGUUCCCCGAUCUGUCUCUGCACAACAACCACAUGGCCAAGGUGCUGACCAAGGACAUUUACAACAAGCUGAGGGGAAAGUCCACCCCCAGUGGCUUCACCGUGGAUGACAUCAUCCAGACCGGUGUGGAUAACCCCGGCCACCCCUUCAUCAUGACCGUGGGCUGCGUCGCUGGUGACGAGGAGUCCUACGAGGUCUUCAAGGAUCUGCUGGACCCCAUCAUCUCCGACCGUCACAGUGGAUACAAACCCACCGACAAGCACAGGACCGACCUGAACUUCGAGAACCUGAAGGGAGGAGAUGACCUGGACCCCGCCUACGUGCUCUCCAGCCGCGUGCGUACCGGACGCUCCAUCAAGGGGUUCACCCUGCCCCCCCACAACAGCCGUGGGGAGCGCAGAACCAUCGAGAAGCUCUCCAUCGAGGCUCUGGCCACCCUGAGCGGUGAGUUCAAGGGUAAGUACUACCCCCUGAACGGCAUGACCGACAAGGAGCAGGACCAGCUGAUCAACGACCACUUCCUGUUCGACAAGCCCGUCUCCCCCCUGCUGACCUGCGCCGGCAUGGCCCGCGACUGGCCCGACGCUAGAGGCAUCUGGCACAACGAUGCUAAGACUUUCCUGGUCUGGGUGAACGAGGAGGAUCAUCUCCGCGUCAUCUCCAUGCAGCAGGGUGGCAACAUGAAGGAGGUGUUCAGACGCUUCUGCACCGGUCUGCUGAAGAUCGAGGAGACCUUCAAGAAGCACAACCACGGCUUCAUGUGGAACGAGCAUCUGGGAUACGUGCUCACCUGCCCCUCCAACCUGGGAACCGGCCUGCGCGGCGGCGUGCACGUCAAACUCCCCAAGCUCAGCACACACGCCAAGUUCGAGGAGAUCCUCACCAGGCUGCGUCUGCAGAAGCGCGGAACCGGUGGCGUCGACACAGCCUCCGUGGGCGGUGUGUUCGACAUCUCCAACGCCGAUCGUCUGGGCUCCUCCGAGGUCGAUCAGGUCCAGAUGGUGGUUGAUGGUGUCAAGCUGAUGGUGGCGAUGGAGAAGAAGCUGGAGAAGUCCGAGUCCAUCGACGACAUGAUCCCUGCCCAGAAGUAAAUCAGUAAAGACGGAACAGACAAAUGGAUACCUGCAAUUUUUUGUAUAUUAUAAAAAAACAAAAACCGAACGGGUGGUCUUGUUGUAAAGUUAGCUUUGCCGGAUGAUGCCGUCUGGCAGAUUUUCCUGAGAACAACGCUACUCUGUCAUCAAGCGUUGCUUCUUACUUCUGACUUCUGAACACUGUCUCUUCAACCUACUGACCUUUUCAUUUCACUUCCUACUUUCUACUUCCUUUCCCACUUUAACCAUCUUCCAAUCUCUCUUUUAACAUCCUGGGAUCAAUCGGAGCCAAUAGUCCUGCUAUGAGCGCUGACCGAAAUUCAUCAACACCUUUUGUUUGUAAAAUAUUGGUUGACAAAUAAAAUCACGCCCCAUGUUACAAUCAAA